AGUAACACUGGAGAGCAGCAGUGGUCCAGCCCCUCAGAAUCUGAAAAGCAUCACAGGAGCCUCUGGAUAAAGACCAGCCUCAGUAGCAAGGCUAGGAGACAGAGGAUUUCUGCUCAGUGAUAAAACAUGAAACAGAUGUGAGGAAGCAGUAUGGAGCUCAAAAGAGGAAAGACGUUCAUAAAAUCCAGCGCGCAACAUGAGAAAGUGCCACCAGUGCACACAGUUCCCAUCAAUAAAGAUGAUACAGGGAAAGACAAAAAGGUGGCUCUGGAGGGAAACCCAAGUGUAGGUGAAGUCCAGCUUGCGUGUUUGGCCACGCACAAGAACUACAGAUUUUCUACCAGAGCAGCAAGGAACGGACCUGGUGACAACAGUCUGGAAAAAUCAUCUGGGUCCUCCUACAAACUUGUCAGGAAGAGUAAAACCCAUGACUGUGUUACUGAGGCAGACAAAACAGAGCAGUGCAGCCCCAGCAGCAGGGCUUGCGAGGAAGGUUUUUCUGGAAAGGGUAAGGGGCGACUUGUCAAUAGCAUCAGCUUUUCGGGGAUGUCCAGCUCCAGCAGUAAGAAAGAGUGCGUGGUCAGCCCCAGCCAGUCUGCGUGCAGCAGUCAGAUGAUCGAUUACAGGAACUUUGUGCCACAGAUGCCUUUUGUACCAGCUGUCGCAAAAACCAUUCCCAGGAAGAGGAUUUCCCUCAAGAGAUCUAAGAAAGGGAUCAGAGAUAUCUUUCAUAUUAAAAAAAAUAAACCAGACAGCCUCACGUUCCUGGUUGAGAAGGACAAGAAUCUGUCCUCUCCAGGCUGCAAGAGUGAAUUUUCUGGGCGUCUUGCAAAGUAUCUUUUCAAAACCGGAGAAACAUUUGCAGCUGAUUGCCCGUCACAAGACUGCUCAGACAGCGAACUGCAGUCUGACUCGUCCUUUGACUGCUGCAACACCCUGUGUGAAGAUGUUGCCUCGCUGAAGAGCUUUGACUCCCUCACUGGCUGUGGAGAAAUCUUUGCUGAUGAGAGCUCUGCUCACCUGGAGCUGGAGAACAGCAAAGAAGUUCUGCUGAGACGAAGCAAGCACAAAGACAGCCCUGUCAUGGGCUCUUUUCAAGGGGGUGUGGAGCAGCUGGCCUCUCCUGGCCAGAAUGAGACUGUUGAAUUUGCAAAGUUUUGGGACAACAUCAACAAAUCAGUGAGGCUACAUCAGAGUGCUCUGUUUGAUAAGAAGUUACUGAAGGUACCCAGUCCUGAUAUGGAAAAGGCUAGAAGCCAGGCUGCUGCAUCUGUGACAGACCCCCAGGCAUCACCUGAUAAAGAUGGUGACAAUUCCAAAGACAGCUCCACAGAAACAGGAACGCCGAAAAGUGACAACCAGGAAUCCACAUCCACAAGUGAUGAAGGUUACUAUGAUUCAUUCUCUCCUGGACAAGAUGAUGAAAUGAAGGAAGCUCAGACCCCUGGGGUCCCAGGUAGAUUUCCAAGAGACAGCUACAGUGGAGAUGCCCUUUAUGAACUCUUUUAUGACCCAAAUGAAGUCAAAAUAAACCCAGUCCUAGAUGAUGACUUGUGCACAUCUGAGAGCACUUCAGAACAUGCUAUUGAAAUCCCUUUGUCCAUUUACAGCUUUCAUGUUGGAGCUGAGGAGAAUAUGGCUUCCCAACCAGCUCUAGACAUUAUCAGUCAGGGGUUUUUCCACAGCACAUGGAAAGGCAAAGAAUGUUUGCUAAAGCUCUGUGAUACUGAGCUUUCACUGACCAUGGGGAUAAUAAACUGGCUGCGAAAACACUCAGGACUCGUUUCCUCCCCUGACUCUCUUCAGAGUCCUCAAUCACAGCCAGAAAAGUCUAAUGAUUCAUCGAUCCCACCAAGCCCCAGUCCAGAGCAAGAAUUGAGCACAGAAGCUCAGCAGGAGAAACCAAGCAAGGAAGAAUCUAAUAAAUUUAACCUAUGUGUGUCUUUGGAUGAAAGCAACCAUGCAGCCCAGUCCUCUUCGGUAAACAUUGCUGAAAGAGACCACAGCCUGGACUCUUGCCCUAACACAUCUAAUUUGGAUUUCCAAGGAAGGGAAGGGAGUCACCACAAGGAUUCAUCUACAGUGCCUGGGACUGUGGAAACCACCAGAGCAUCAAGUUAUGCACCACAAUCACAGGCUAACGGAGACAAUCUGCAGACAUCUUCAGCUGAGAAUGAGAAGGCGACAAUUUUAGAAGGAUGUGAGACAUCCGGAGAUAAAAACCCACUGCCAGAAAAGCCGAAUAAAGAGAGUGGCUCCCAGAGCUCUGAAAACCCCUUGCUAGAUGAUAAUCACGAAGUAGAAUCAUGUUACUCCUACAAGACUGCUGCGACCUCACUCCUGGAUCCCCUCGAGAGGGAGGACAGAAAUAAACCAAUGUAUCACUCUCUCUCUAUUUCCUGUGACAAACCGCUGCAGCCUCUUACUCUCAGACACUUCCAGAGCUACAUCAGCCCCACGCCAACGGAGAGCAGCACUAACAUAGUGCAGCUCUUAGAGCGCUGUGUAUCACAAGUGGCAUCAUUAAAAAUCAGCUAUGAAAACAAGCACCUGGAAGACAAAUGCAUUGGGAAAGAAAUGAACAAUAUCAUUCGUAAGAUGUCUCAGUACAAAAACAAGUUAUUAUUGCAAAAUGAAUGCAACUGCAUUGCCCAAAAUCCAGAAUACUCCAGUAUUCCUAGCACAAACCAAUACAACUAUGAGACAAGUUUCCAAUCCAGCAGUCCGUAUCAUUUGAAGCAAAAUGGGGAGCAAAUUCGCUCUGAAGAUCAGAAAACCAGAGCAAAAAUCCUAGAUGAGGUCACUAGAAGCAAGAUAAAUUUUGAAUAUGCCCAGCUAAAUAACCAAGCACUCUCCUAUUUAAAAGACUUCACAUUUGAUCUCAGUCCAAGUGACUCUGCCCCUGCUACAACUCUUAGUAGACCAACAUUUUUACCUCUCUUUAACUCUGUCUGCUCGGACAUACCUGCUACUUUUUCACAAGCGUCAUGCAGCACCACGGUGUCUCUGGCUGACACGCUGCAGCCCAAGGAGGACAAGCAGUGCAGCCCAGGGCCGUGGAGUUAUGCAGAGACCCCCUGCAGGGGCCUGGCCGGAGGGAGCGCUCUGUCCCCUCGCCCAGAGGCAGCCACCCCGGACACAGCAGGGACAGGGAGGAACCACCAGUAACACACCUGCACUGAGAAGGUGCAAUGCUGAAGAACCCGCUUGUAGAUAUGGAUGCUGCCCCCACCAUGUGUAAUAUAGUAUGACAUACUUCCAUGGCGUUAUAUUGAUGUCAGAAUCAACGCUGAUUCCUCUCUAGAGAUCCCACUAGAGGUGUUGCAGCAGAAGAUCAUGCUACUCCAUCUAACUGACUGAUACAGUUAGGAGUUCCUGACAACACCACCACCCCUCAGGCCAUGUUUGCUGAUGGGUGAUAACUAAUACUCUUUUUUAAAAAAAAACACAAAACCCUUCAGUAGGAUUUUUAAAAAAGUCAUGCCAUGACAAGAAGGUUUAAGAAAAAAGAUAUCAUAUUUCUGUCACAUUGUGCAACACAACAACUGAAAAUACCACUAUAUUUUUAAAAUACAGGUAUGUGCAGAAUAAGUAUUCACUUGGGCAGCUGUAAAAUUGGCAGAGGUAAAAUUGUUUUCCAUUGCAUUAAUUUUUCUUGAAUUUUACAGAAGUGCUUUAUAUCUUUUAUGGCAACUGUUUAACCAUCCUAAAGCAACAAGGUUCUAGACUGCAGUUUACAUUAGUAUGGCAAGAUUUACUGCUUGGGGAAAGGUAUUUUGUAAACAUACAAAUAAAAAUAUCAGGAGGCAUAAUAUAGUAUGCCCUAUAUUGUCCAAAGACACGUAUUUAUCAUGUAGCAGAAAUGGUGAAUAGGAUAAAGAGGUAUACUUGAAAAUCACCAUCAAAAAGAUAACUUCUUUGAUUCUUUUUUUAAAGGGGAGAAAGAAUGCUGUUUAUAUCCAUGAUAACAGCUGUACUUAAUCUUAUACAAAGUCUUCCUUUCCAAUUUAAAAAUCAGCUCAAAGUACUAAGUAGGAUACAUUGUUAACGCAGUUUUCAUUUUUUUGUGGCAUCCUUGGAGUCAGUUUAACAGAACAGUCAUUAUUUUCAUACCCCAGUUCGAAUCUAGUAUUGGCUGUUUUAUAAUCUGAGAAUAAACUGAAAAAAACAACUGUGCUUUGUAGAUGGAACCAGAUGAUGAAAUGGUCCCAUCUGGCCAUGGGAUGUUAACAACCUCCUCAUCUAGGACCCUGCCUCAAACCGUAUUUCAAGACAAUAUCUUUGCCUUGAGUUUUGCUGUCUUAGGAAAAAGUGGAAGAAGGUCCUGUGCAGCUGAGCACCGAAGCUAGAGAAAAAUAAUUCCUUCCUGACUCAACAGUGAGCUCACACCUUGGUACAGAAGAAGGUAACCUUAUUCCUAAAAUUCACUGAAGUGGCAAGGUCCCUUCCAAUCCAAACCAUUCUGUGAUUCCGUGUGAUUCUGUGAUCUCAUUUAGCUUUAUUCAUCAAGGUAACUGUCGGUAACUGUCCGUACCUUGUCUAUAGUAAACAGAAGAAGACAAACAACUACAGAGGUUGACGAAAGACUGUCUGGAAAUAUUCCAGUCUCUCUAUUGAAAAUAUAAGGCUCCUAGGCAAAUACCUUAGAUUAGAUGCCUGCAUUUUGAUGUCUAAAGUUAAGAUGAUUUCUACCUUAAACCAUUUAUAAUGGCAAGAAUGUGUAACCACAGUAUUUAAAUGACAUCUGCAUUUUGCAGAAUCUGGAUUUUAAAAAAAGUAUAAUGCACCAAGACUAUGAUGCUGUAAGAUGAAAUAAUGUCCCCUACAUAUGGUAUGCACUUUCUCAGUAUUACUACCAAGAAGAGAGAGGUUCUCUCCAACACCCCAAGACUGACAAUACAAGUCAACUUUCAGAAUGCGGCCAAUUUACCACAAGCAUCUCCUUAAAACUUAGAUUACAGGUACCCACGACUCUCUUCCAUGGCAUAAAACUAUGUCUCUGGAGACUGCUAAGAAUUUGCCAUUUAACCUAUAAAAGCUUGAAAUGCCAAGCAGUUCAUCAUACGGGCAUUCUUUCCUGAAAUACUAAAUGGCACAUUAGAUUUGGGCUCAUCAAGUAGUAAUAACCAUAGGGCUUAACAUUCCAGCAACAGACAGAGCCUACAAAAACUAGUUGUUCUUCACACAAGUGAUCCCUUUCCAUUGUAAUUACUACACUGGCCUCCACUAUUUUAACUCACCAACUCUCUUGUAACACAGUGCACAGAGCCUCAAGGGAGCAGAGCGGCAGAAUUUCUCAACUCUGUAGCAUAUUGCACAUAUCUUCCCUGGAUUUCAGGUUAAGUAACCAACAUCGUAAAGGAAAAUAAAGGCAACAGAAGGAGAAAAGUCACCUUGCUGCCACACAGCACAGGAGACAGCAUUUCAAAGGAGAGAAUUAUUUCUCUUGCCUUACAGGCACAGAGCAACAAAUGUUUUGUCCAACAUUAUCUAUCUCCCAAAUUGGAGUCUUCUUUCUCCUUCUGCUGCUCUUCUCCCUGUAAGUCACACUCAUCUGUCAGAGCUCCCCAGUCCCUGCUGCUGCUUACAUUAAAAGUACCCAGAUCCCCUCUCUGGUGGUCUCUGCCCUUCAUGCAGAGAGAAGCAAACAGCUUCCCUCUGAGGGACUCCUCCUCACUGACUUCAAUGCUGGGCUCUGUGGCACCAUCAGUGCCUGGACAGUUGUUCCUUUCUGAUACAAACCACAGGGAAGAUGGGCUUUUACUCCUCUUAUGCAGGCCCAGUAUUGACACACACAGCCCACAAUUUCACUCUUCUGUUGGGGGCGGCAGGGAGGCACGUAGAUUUAUGAGCCACCUGCAGCCGUUGAGCUUAUGGACACAGCCAGUUCUAGCAAUAAGUGCAUUGCACUCUGAGAUUCAAAGGUCCUGGGUUCAAUCCGUGCUGCCAAAAGGACAACUGUGGAUCUGCAUUACACACCACAGAAAAAUGCCUGUGGGUAGUCUAUUUGAGUUCUCCCUGUGGAGUUGCAUGACUGCUAGUGCAAUGUUGGGGGAAGCUCAAAAAUCUUCAGGGCUUAAUCAUUCUCCAUUUAAAGAACUAUCAGAAAAUCUACCUCUUCAAGAUCAUAUGGAACAAGGUGUUUACCAAGAUUGGCUGUUUUGUUUGGAGGAAAAUCUUUAGAUUAAACUUGUUAUAUUAUGUGAGCAAUGUCUCCUUAGGAAAUGAAGACAUGCUGGUGAAAUGAAUCCAUACAUGUGAAUAUUCAAUUUCUCAUGCAGUUUGCAGCUGUGAGAACAAGUUCCUUCAGCCUGCUUUCAGCCUACCAUACUCUCAUUCCGCUUUGGUGUUAGACAGCUUUUUAAAUUUUAAAUGGGUAAUACAGAAAAUUAAGAUAAAUUACAGAAAACUUUGCACAGACCACUUUUGUGGCUACAAAAUUUCAGAUCAGCUUCUAUGAUCAGAAUAAUAAUUAAAAGAACAACAAUAUCUUUGUGCUAAAGACAACAUCCAAGGAAGAAGAAAGAUUGUUUUUCCCUUCUCAUGGUUCACUAAAAUGCAGAAAAAUGCUCUGGAAAAAGUAUUUUUAAAAAGCUAUAUUCUGCUAAAGACAUCAAUCCUUGACAUUCCUUCUUUUAAGGCAGAGUUCACUAGACCUUCAGAGGUGUUUUGGGAACUCACAGGACAUAGACUAGGUACCUGAGUAUCCCUAAUAAAACCCCACUUACUGCUUUGAAUGGAGAGAGCACUCAUCACUUCACAGAAAUGGAGUGUAAAUGUCUCGAAAAAAUGUAGGAAGAAAUAUCAGACCCGUGUGAACUUCAGGUAAGUGUUCCUUCCAAAAGCAAAGUAUUAAAAUGGUGUUCAGGUAUUCCAGUCCAAUGUGAGCGAUGUGAACUUAGCAACAAGUCCUAGAGUAAUAUGCACGUUACACAUACAUAUACAUGCAUAAUGAGUGUGUAUACACACCUAAAAGGAGGGUUUGUGCAAACUUGUUAAGUUCAAGAAUAGGGAAGAAAUCUGAAGCAAGUACCAUUUAAAAAUCUGAGUAGCAGAUUAAUAAAAGUUUCAGUACAUAUAUGAUUUCUUAUGUAACUAAGAUACAUGCAUUUAUAUGCUGUUUAACAUAUUUUGUUAACUAUUUUUCAUAUACGUCAUAUCUGAUGUACAUACGCUUUAUGUAUUAUAUUUUAGUUACCAUAUUCUGCAUUACAUAUU